UCAUACAUCACUGUUUUUUUCUGUGGGACCGAAAACAUCGCAGGUUUCUUUUAAACAGCUUUCUGUUUGUACAUUUACUAUUUUUUGACAUUAAAAAAAUGAAAAGUCGUUCUGUUUACAGCAGAUGAGCGAAUAAUAAAUCUUGAAAGAAGGGCGAGACUUUGGGGGAUUUUGACAGAAUGGCUAGCUGUGGAGAGGUCAAUCACUCCAUUGACGCACUGACCUCGGGUAAAAAAGUGGCCGGCGUAAGAGACGGCAGUGGAAGCCCCUCCCCUUCUCCUCCCCCUUCACUUCCUGUACCGGAGUGCGCUAUAUGUCUGCAGAGUUGUGUCCACCCUGUGCGCCUUCCCUGCGGCCACGUCUUCUGCUUCCUGUGUGUGAAGGGCGCAUCCUGGCACAGCAAGCGCUGCGCGCUCUGCAGACAGGAAGUGCCUGAGGACUUCCUGGAUCGUCCCACGCUGCUUUCUCCAGAGGAGCUGAAGGCCACAGCGACAGGGGGGCGGAGCUUAGGUGGGCAUGCCUGGUACUAUGAAGGAUGCAACGGUUGGUGGCAGUAUGACGAGCGCACUAGUCGCGAGCUGGAGGAGGCAUACCGCGAGGGGAAGAAGAGCGCAGAGAUGCUGAUCGCCGGCUUCCUGUACGUGGCUGACCUGGAGAACAUGGUGCAGUACCGACGCAACGAGCACGGCCGGCGCCGGAGAAUGAAGCGUGAUGCUGUGAAUGUUCCUAAAAAGGGCGUGGCUGGACUAAGGCUGGAUCCAGAACCCACGACUGGAUCUGGGUCUAACUCUGUUCCUGGAUCCGGACCAGUUUCUCCUGCAUUUCCUGUCCCUGGACCCACAGAUUCGGAUGUAAACUCAGAUGGAGGGGUAACAGAGAGCGACGUCAGAGAGACAGACGUCCGGACAGAGAGACGGCUGAGAGAGAGACAGAGAGACAGAGUGUCUCCAGGAUCCACUGAUCCUACAGCCGCCGCUUUGUCACAGGGUUCAGAAGUCGCAACAUCGGAGAGGGAGAACUCUGCAGACGGAGCCGAUAUAAGUGGAGCGAUUCGCUUUCAGGCUACGUCUGCCCCGCCCCCAAUCCGUCCUCCCGUCAUGCUGGGAGGUGACCACGACCUUCAUCAUAAUCAUCAACUCAUCCAAGCCAUUGCGCAGCUCCACAUUGGCCGAUCUGCACCUGAAGAGGAACAGGAACAGGAAGUGGACGACGACGAUAACGAAGAAGAUUCGGUGGCUGCACCCGAUCCAUCCGGAUACGAAUCAGAUACCGGAACGAGCGAAGACGAGGAAGGAGAAAAUGAUGAUGAAGGCAGGAGGCAAAGACUGCAGAGAAUGAACGUCGGAGUUCGGUCCCGCAGUCCUGACGGCCAGUGCACGGUGACGGAGGUGUAGCUGUGGACCUGUGAACAUGUGGUUUAGGAGGAGCUUGAGGAGCAGGACAUGCACUUCUGUCUUAAAUGUCUUUUUCUGUACAAACCUUUGUCUGUAUCCCAAACUCUAACAUGUGGAAAGAACAUCUGGUUCAUUUUGGUGACGUGUCACAAAAAAACAGAGAAAUUUCUCCAUUGAAAAUUCAAGCUAGCUAAUCGACUAAUUAGAAAUCCGCCGCCUGUCUAUAGAGUAAACACACGCACGCAAAACUCAAGACUACGAGCUCCAGCUACUUCUGGACCGCCUUAUUGUAACUCGCUGGCUGCAGGUUCUCAGUGUUAAGUGCUUCUGGUGCAUUGUGGGUAAUACAUGCGUUUGCUGAGCCACCGAGAACAGCACAAGAAAAAUGACAUAACCACUAUUGUGAAGUAAAUCUGUAUAUUCUGGCAUUUUAAACAAUAAUAAAUAAAUAAACAGCUUGUGUGAGAACACUAAGAGCGUUUAGAGUUUGGGACAGAGCUUCUGUGUUCAUCUGAGUUUUACUGACCUGCAUCAUAUCUGUGUGAUACAUAAACAUGUAGAUACGGACAGACGGAAUCCCCGAGUGACAGACACACAGACACGGACGAGUGGAACCGAACGAGCAAAAAACAUCGUGUGAUGAUUUAAUGUUCCUUCAGUGCAUGUGGGUGUGUUGCAUUGUCUGAAUGUCGUUUUUUUUUUUCUUCCUCCCUUCAUCCUGUCUUUCUUUAGCAGGUGAAUGAGUAAUGUAGACGUGACCUUCUUUCCUUUUCCUCCCACACACAAAGCUGAGCUCCAAAAAUCUGUCCCUUGUGUAUUUGUCCUUUUCAUUUGUCCUUUGCUUUACUUUAUAGAGCUCACUCUCUCUCUUGUGUGCUCUCUCUCUCUCUCUCUCUCUCUCUCUCUCUCUCUCUCUCUCUCUCUCUCUCUCUCUCUCUCUCGUGCGCUCUCUGUCUCUUUCUCGCUCUCUCUCUCUCUCUCUCUCUCUCUCUCUCUCUCUCUCUCUCUCUCUCUCUCUCUCUCUCUCUCUCUCUCUCUCUCUCUCUCUCUCUCUCUCUCUCUCUCUCUCUUUCUUUUUCUUUCUUUCUCUUUGACUUGCUCUCUUUGUUUCCUCACUGUGCCAGGCUGUCUCUGUCUCUCUGUCUCUCUCUCUCUCUCUCUCUCUCUCUCUCUCUCUCUCUUUGACUUGCUCUCUUUGUUUCCUCACUGUGCCAGGCUGUCUCUGUCUCUCUCACACACUCAUUGUGUAACAGGACCGAACUCAGUGUUUCAUCACAUUUUAGUAGAACCACAACUCCAGAUGUGUGUGUGUGUGUGUGUGCGCACUCGCUCUAUGUCUCAUAUCUCAUCAGAGUUUUUUUUAUCAUGUAUUACUGUAAUGCGUUUGAAGGAAGUGCCCGUGCCCCAGGCUGAGACGCUGUGAAUUCUGUGGCGUUUUAUUGGAGGAUUUUAUUGUAGUUCUUCUUCAGCGUCCGGGUCUGAGAUUUUAAUCACUGUUUGCUUUUCCACUCUCGAUUCUCCUGUCAGUUGAUUUGGGAUUUUAAGUUUGUUAUUAAACAGAAAGAAACAAUUAUAACUUCUUUUGCUGUACCUUGUUUUAAUGGUGGUGUAUUUUCUUUUGUUACUAAGUCGAUUGAAUUAAUAAAGUGUUGUCUAUUAUUUGUCUGAAA